AUGCGCUUCUUAACAGCACUCGGGCUGUUAUCCACUCUUUCAACUGCGUUUGCCCUUGACCAUACAGGAGAUGGCCAUCUGCAUGGUGCACACAAGCGUGCUUCUCCGAAGGGAAACAGCACCGCUUCAGCUCCCAACUAUGACUAUGUUGUAGUUGGAUCGGGUCCAGGAGGUGGUCCUCUAGCGGCUCGAUUGGCUAUUGCUGGAUACAAGGUCCUCAUCUUGGAUGCAGGAGACGACCAGGGCAAUGCUACCAGACAGAUGGUUCCUGCCCUGCAACUGCAGUCUACUGAAUACGAGCCGAUGAGAUGGGAUUAUUUCGUCAACCACUAUUCCAACUUGACUCGCCAAGAGCAGGACUCGAAAAUGACCUACCGCACCCCAGCAGGUGAUCUGCACGUCGGAAGCAACGCUCCUGCUGAUUCGGAGCCCUUGGGCAUCUUAUACCCUAGAGCGGGUACUCUGGGAGGAUGUUCCGCUCAUAAUGCCAUGAUUACUAUCUACCCAUACGAGAAUGACUGGGAGAACCUGGCCGGUCUGACUGGUAAUGACUCUUGGUCAGCUGCCAACAUGCGUCAGUACUUCGAGAGAUUAGAGCGCAACCGAUACUUGCCCAGCAGCUUGGUGGGUCACGGGUUCGAAGGAUGGCUCACCACGAGUUUGACCGACUUGCGUCUUGUGAUCGAGGACCAAAAGCUUCUUUCUUUGAUUCUCGCCGCUGCAACAGCUGCGGGUCAAGGCUUGUUGGGUAAGCUGAUAAACACUGUUACAGGUCUUGCAGAUGUCCUGCUGCGUGAUUUGAACAACCCUCUCCCCACGCGUGACUACGAUGAAGGUCCAUACCAAGUUCCUCUUGCCGUCGAUGUCCCCGAAUACAAACGUACCGGUCCUCGUGACUUCCUCAUCAAGACUGCCAAUGCUGUUAACCCGGAUGGCUCACGCAAGUACCACCUCGACAUUCAGCUCAACACUUUGGUCACCAACGUCCGCUUCGACACCACUGGACCCAAGCCCCGUGCUACCGGAGUCGACUAUCUAUUGGGCCAGAGCCUCUACCGAGCAGACCCCCGAGCCUCACGAACAUCCGCCGGUGGCACCCCAGGGAGCGUCAGUGCUGCUCGUGAAGUCAUUCUGGCUGCCGGAUCCUUCAACACCCCCCAGUUGCUCAAGCUGAGCGGUAUCGGCCCGAAGAAUGAGCUGUCCAAGUUUGGAAUCUCGACUCUCGUGGAUUCACCCGGUGUUGGCUCCAACAUGCAAGACCGCUACGAGAUGGGUACUAUUGGAAAGUCCCCGACCGACUUUGUCCUCACAUCCAAGUGCACAUUCAUGUACAGCAUGCCUGAUCCUUGUCUGGAUCAGUGGGAGAAUGACCCCUUGUUCAAAGGCACUUAUACCACCAACGGAAUUGCAAUUGCAGUCGUCCGCAAGUCAUCUGUCGCUGAAGAUGAGCCGGACUUGUUGAUUACGGGAGCACCAGUCAAUUUCCCCGGGUACUACCCCAACUACGCAUAUGACGGAUUGAAAGAUGCCCAGCAUUGGACAUGGAUUACCUUGAAGGCUCGCAGCCGCAACAAUGCUGGAACAGUUGAACUGCGAUCCACCGACCCCCGCGACAUGCCCAUCAUCAACUUCAACUCGUUCGAUUCCGGAGUCACUGACGACAACGGCGACGAGAAAGACUUGCAGGCUGUUUACGAAGCCAUGCAAUUCUCCCGUACCAUAUACGAAGAUCUUGUGCCUCUUGAUGGAGCAUUCGAAGAGGUUUGGCCUGGUCCGAAUGUGACUACCGAGUCAGAGAUGAAGGAUUUCAUCAAGAAGGAAGCUUGGGGUCACCACGCUUGCUGCACAGCGGCCAUUGGAGAAGAUGACGACCCUCAAGCCGUGCUGGACGCGGAUUUCCGUGUUCGCGGCGUUGAUGGUCUGCGUGUUGUCGAUGCAUCGUCCUUCCCCAACAUCCCAGGUUAUUAUAUCGCUUUGCCUAUCUACAUGAUCAGCGAGAAGGCCGCCGAGGUCAUCAUUGCCGACGCGGCUUGA